AUGCAAGCUUAUCUUGGCAGGCCGGUGUACUCCCUGAUGAUGGGAACAAGGUUGAUGAUCGUGUUGAACUCUGAUCAGGCGGUCAAGGACCUACUUGAUAAGAGAAGUAACAUCUACUCUUCGCGCCCCGAUCUUUAUCUUCCCAAUAUAAUCAGCGGGAGUUUAAGGGUGGUCUUGAUGGCAUACGGAGAGACGUGGCGGAUGAUCCACAGGAUUUACCACAACAUGCUUCACGUCCGAUCGGCCACAGCUUUUAUACCGUACCAGGAUCUGGAGAACAAGCAGAUGAUGCGCGGCCUACUUGAUUCCCCCGACGAGUUUGUCGACCACAUCCGGCGCUACACCAACUCUCUGACUACCCAGAUGGUUUUCGGCUUCCGGACCUUCAGCAACGAUGACCCAAAGCUCAAGCAGCUGUACUACGGCUUCGAUAAGAUGGUGCAGGUCCUAGGAUCAACCAGUGCGGCGUUUCUCGACCUGUACCCUGCCCUUCGUGAACUCCCAGAUUUCCUGGUGCCGAUGAGAAGGUACUGCAAGGAUCUCCAUGCACGUGAGAAGGAGCUAUAUGUUAGCCACUGGCUCGAUGCAAAGGCGAGGAUCAGCAAUGGUACGAGCAAGCCGUGCUUUUGCGUAGACCUUGUAAAGGCCCAGAAGGUUGAGGCCUUCUCCGACGGCCUAGCAGCCUAUAUAAGUGGCUCGUUGCUGGAAGCAGGGUCCGAUACAACAGCCGCUCAGCUGGUAGGCUUCGUACAGGCCAUGGUGUUGUUCCCCGAAGUUCAGAAGGCCGCUCAGAGGGAGCUAGAUAAGGUUUGCGGGGAUCGGCUGCCCACAUUAGAUGACAAACUACCAUACAUCCGUUGCUGUGUCAAGGAGUGUCUGCGAUGGAUGCCCACGGCGAUCCUCGGGAUCCCGCAUAGUGUCAUACGAGAGGAUGAGUACAUGGGCUACAGAAUCCCCAAAGGGUGCAAUGUCAUGCUCAACGUUUGGGCUAUUCAUAUGGACCCAAAACGGCAUUCCAACCCUCGCGCCUUCGACCCUACAAGAUAUGAGGGUGACUUGCAAACGGCGGCAGAGGCAACCGCUAAUGCUGACGCCUCCAAACGGGACCAUUUCGGAUUUGGCGCCGGGCGCCGGGUCUGCCAGGGUAUACAUAUUGCCGAACGGUCCCUGACCCUCGGCAUCGCGAGACUCCUCUGGGCAUUCCAAUUCCGCAGAGCUGUGGACAGCAAUGGGAGGGAGACCGUGCCAGACCCCGAAGACUUAACGCAAGGUGUCCUGGUGCAGCCUCGGCCGUUCCCAGUGAAGAUCGUCCCGAGGAGCGAGGCGCAUGCUUGUGCGCUGAGAGAAGCUUGGGACAGUUGCCAGGUGCUCCUGGAUGGAGAAAAACAGUGGAAAGAAGUACCAGAAGGUAUGCCUUUCUCGACCUAUACCCCAGAAUAA